CCUUGCUUCGACUCCACACCCGCACGUAGCCAGCUCCACUGUACCAAACACUCAAGGGAACCACACUCUUGUAGUUAAAACUAUUUGGUAAACUUCGCAGCUCACAGUGUGGAACGAAAGACCUUCGGAAAGCAUCGGCAUCGUCGGCAUAAAAUGAGCCGGCGGUUUUUCCAGGAAUAUGCCUACGGUAAGUCUCAACGCAGAUUUGGUAGAUUUCGCGAAGCUCUGCAGACCAUGUCCUCUGGGAUGGACAUACCGAGUAUGGGCGUGCAAGAAAGAGCCCAAGCCCCAUUGCCUCGAGUCUAAUCAAAACAGUGAAAUCUAGCAGUAGCAUCAUCCCGCAACCCCGCUGCUCCUUACAAAUCCUCUUCUUGCAAAAACCUACUAGAUUCUCGUGGUCUGAACGAAUACCUUGGGAGCGUAAGCGACCGAUAAUUGAGUUUGUAAGAGAGCUGCUGUACAACCACACAGCCCAGCCUCGCAUUAUCUUCUCGCUCAACGCAUGU